AUGGAAAACUUCACUAACAGCAACUAUCUAAUUCUUGCUGGACUAGAUACAAUCAGUCAUAAUAAGUCUCUGUAUUUUAUCUUUUACUUCUUUGUAUAUUCAGCAAUAUUGUUUACUAACCUGCUUCUUGUUGCUGUAAUACUCCUUCAUGAACGCCUUCAUGAACCUAUGUAUAUUUUCAUUUGUAAUUUGUGUUUCAAUGGAUUAUAUGGUGGUACUGCAAUAUUUCCUAAACUUUUGACUGACAUAGUGGCUGAAAUCAAAACUAUUUCAGACAAUGGUUGUUUAAUUCAAAUUUUUUUCAUACAGACAUUUGGUUACAAUGAGAUAUUCUUCCUGACACUAAUGGCAUAUGAUCGAUACAUGGCCAUAUGCAACCCUUUAAGAUACAGCAGCAUCAUGACAAAAGUUAGGGUAUGCAAACUUGUCACAUUUCCAUGGCUGUACUCCUUUUCUAUUUCCUUGAUAUUUAUUAUUUUAAUUAUGAAGUACUCUAAAUGUUAUAACAUUAUCCCAUAUGUAUAUUGUGAGUCAAUGUCAUUUCUGCAAUUGUUUUGUGCAAAUGUUACUGUUAACAGCAUCUUUGAAACAUGUGUUGCAGUAAGUCAUUUUAGUAUUUUAACAAUUUUUGUUACGUACACCUAUGUGCAGAUAUUCCGAGCAUGUCAAAAUGUUUCUAAAGGAACUAAACUCAAGGCUCUGAACACCUGCAUAAACCAUUUAUUGUUACUUUUUGUUUCUUUUAUCUGUGGCUUCUUAACAUUUUUUCAAGCCCAGGUUGGUGGUUCAAUUCCACAUUUUAUGGAAUUCUUAAUUUCAAUGGCACUUUUUAUAUUUCCUCCUUUUCUUAAUCCAUUUAUCUAUGGCAUCCGGACUCAGGAAAUAAGAAGCACAAUUAAGAAAGCUCUUCAGAAGCAAAUGAUUCAGUCUAAAUAA